GUCUAGUCCGUCUCCACGCCCAAACACUGCCGAUCUGCAGCACAACACAUACCCAGCGUCCACGGCAUGCGAUGCACACACGCACGCGCGAGUGUAUGCCGACGCCGCUGCGGUGCUGCAUCCGCCGUGCCAAGACGGACGACUAGGUACCCGACGACGGAGCGGGCGAGAGGCCGAGGGGUAUAAAGACCGCGGUCAUGUGAAGCUGAUCCGCCCACCAGGCAACACCGACUGACCUACUUACUCCCUCCCUCACGACGGACUGUCUCUUGCGCCCUCGCCACCACCACAACCACAACCACAUCACAAUGCACCUCGCACUACUCGGAGCGUCUCGCGGUGUAGGAUACCACGCGCUCCUCACCGCGCUCGCCGACCCCUCGAUCACGCGCAUCUCGCUGCUGCUGCGCAAGCCGGCCGUCUUCGACGCCGACGAGGUCGUCUCUGCCGCCGUGAAGGAGGGCCGGGUAGUCCUCGUACAAGGCGACGCGACGAACGAGGGCGACCUCGCAAAGGUGCUGGCCGACGUCGACAUCGUCGUCACUUCUAUUGGCGGUCAGCCCCAGUUCACGCUCCGCGGCAUCGUGCUCGACCAGCCGGGCAUCUGUACCCGCGCGGCGCUGUCCCUGCUGCGUGGCAUCAAGCGCCUGGACAAGCCGCCGCGCGUGGUCGUCGUCUCGUCCAUGGGCAUCGGGGAGAACCACGCCGUGAUGCCGCUUCCUCUGAGGAUCCUCUACCCGUGGCUCCUGCACACGCCGCACCAGGACAAAGAAGGCCUCGAGUACCUCGUCCGGCGCGCCUCCAUCGCCCUGCCGACGCCCGCGAGCGUGCCCUCGGCUGUCCUGUCCCAGGCCGACGCAGACGCCGCGCCAGAGUCCUUCCUCCCCGAGGUGGUGAUUGUCCGUCCGGCCAUGUUCACCGACGGGACCGGCGGGCACGAGGUCAAGGCCGCCGAGGACGCGUACACGUACUACAUCUCCCGGGCGGACGUGGGGCGGUUCGUCGCGCUGCGGUGCCUCAAGGGCGACGGGAAGGACAGCAAGGACAGCCUAGACUCGAGCGACAACCAGCGCCUCACGCUCGACGCUCCAGACCGCGACCACCUCGCCAAAGGCCGACGGCCGAGCCAGAGGCUGUACGAUUCCACCACUGGACGCGCCCUCCCCGCCGGACCGCUCGGCAUGAUUGCUCGCAGCCCAACGGUCCGGCGAGUGUCCGAGGCGAUACGCCUCGCGAGCGAGCGCGUCGUCAACCUCGCCGGAGACGACAAGAAUGACAAGCUCAACGAGGACGACUAUGACCACAUCCUCGACUCGCCAGAUAGCUUUGACAAGCCGAUCGAGUCGGCACCGCCGUCGCCCCGCAAGACGGUGACGCGGACCGCACUACGAGGGCGGACAUUGUGUAUCUUUGGCCCUACCAACCCCGUCCGAAUAGCGAUGGACCAGUUCAUUCGCUUCCCGUGGACAGAGCCCAUCAUCCUCGCUCUCAUCCUCGCCAACGCCGUCGUGCUCACGAUCCAGUCGGCGCCAUAUCUCAUCACACCGCGCGUCGGCGCACCAUACUUCCACACGUGGGAGGACUACACCCUCUUCGCACUGUUUCUCGUCUUCACAGUUGAAAUGUUCGCGCGCAUCAUCGUCACCGGAUUGAUACUGGACCCCGAGACAUCAAUACCAGAGUUCAUCAGGCGGUCUCGGAUCCGGUUUCACAACUACUGGUUCCCUCACAAGCACGAGGAGGCGCUGCAGCAGGGAACAGCGGAGACGUACCGCGAGGACACUUGGAAGAUGAAGCCUACAGCACCUGUGCGAGGCGCGACUCUGGGCCCGGCAAAGCCGAAGAAACAGAAAAUCAUCCCCGAAGCGCCCUUCCAGAAGGCCGUUGCCAAACAGACAACACUGAUCGUCGAGGGACGGCCGUACUUGCGUCACUCGUGGCACCGUAUCGACAUGCUGGCGGUCGUCACCUUCUGGAUCUGCUUUGCCCUCGCCAUGACUGGCGUCGAGGUGCAGGAGACACGGCACAUCUUCAUCUUCCGCGCCCUCAGUGUCCUCCGUGCCUGCCGCCUCCUGGUCAUCACAUCCGGUACCGCGACCAUCCUCCACUCUCUCAAGCGCGCAGCUCCCCUCCUCCUCAACGUCGCCUGGUACAUUGUCUUUGCGGCCGCCUUGUUCUCCAUCAUCGGCGUGCAGAGCUUCAAGGGCUCAUUCAGGCGCCAAUGUGUCUUCACCAACCCCUACAACGAAUCCGAAACGGUCGACUUGGGCUUCUGCGGAGGCUACAUUGAUCCAGAUACGUUACAAAAACACUCGUAUCUCAACUAUGACAACUCGACGUCCCAGAUUCAUCCAAAAGGCUACGUUUGCCCCCUGUACUCGGUCUGCGAGACCCAGGGGCAGUCUGCCAACGAUGGUAGCACAAGCUAUGACAACAUCUUCAAGUCGCUCAUUCAGGUCUUGAUUAUCGCAGGAGUCAACACUUGGUCUGGUCCCAUGUACAAUGUCAUGGACACCGACUUUUACGGCUCGGCAAUGUUCUACCUCGUCGCCAUCAUCGUCCUCAACUUCUGGCUCAUGAACUUGCUCAUCGCCGUCGUCGUCAACGUCUUCCAGGACAUCCGAGCAGAGACAAAGCGCUCCGCAUUCGGUGCCGACGAGAAGAUCAUUGUCGAGCCGCAGUGGGCAAUUGACACCAAGAAGCGCUGGGAGCCAUCGAGGAUGCUCAAGCUCUACCUCAAGACUGAGCUCUUCUGGGUCCUGCUCAUCGUCGUGGACCUCAUUUCCCAAGCUUUCAAGCAGCAUGACUCGUCACCACGUGUAUUGAAGCUGUUGCGCAACAUGGAGAGAGGCUUUGCUGUCAUCUGGCUGUUCGAGAUGUUGCUUCGUUUUGUGGCAUACUGGCCCGACUGGCGUGUCUUCUUCAGUCAGUCCCGCAACGACGUCGAUCUCUUCCUCGCACUCGGGUGCGGCAUCAUCCAGAUCCCGGCCAUUCGCAACACAGGCAUUUAUCCAUGGCUCACCGUGUUCCAACUCCUCCGUUGGUACCGUGUGAUUCUUGCGUUCCCGCGCAUGAAGCCGCUUAUUUCCAACGUGUUCGGAAGCUUCACCGGUAUGCUGAACAUGGUCAUUUUCCUGUUCUUGAUGCACUUCUUGGCAGCGUUGAUGGCCGUGCAACUCUUGCGUGGUGACAUGGCAGCUGCUGCUCAAGAGAACGCAAUGAUCGACUUUGGCCAGGUGUACAACGCCUUCUUGGGUCUCUACCAGAUCUUCUCGACAGAGAACUGGACAACGCCCCUGUAUAACGCGAUGCAAGCAGGCUGGACGUACAAUCAAGGAUGGAUCAUCUGUAUAUUCCUCAUGAUUUGGUUCUUCUUCUCGAGUUUCAUUCUCCUGCAAAUGUUCAUUGCAGUCAUCAACGAAAACUUCGAAAUCGCCGAGGAGCAGAAGCGUAAACAGCAGAUCGAGAACUUCAUCCGCAAGUCGGCGCCAGUGUCCACCCACGUCACGUUGCUGGAACGGUUGAACCCGUACCGGUUGCUUAAGGCUCGCCACAAGGCCGUCCGUGUGGACGCUUUGCCGCCGAACCUUAUUCUGCCGCUCAAGCAGAGCAUUGGUGCGGACGUUGGUGCUCCCGUUAUUGAGGACGACGCAACUGGCACGAAUGCUGCUCUCAGGAGGCUGUUCGGCAUGGACCCAGAGGGCGACCAGUCAAUCCCUCUGCGUAACCUGAAUGCCGAGAAGCGCAAGUCUACCCGCAUGGCCACGAUCAUCGAGGACGAGUUUGACACGGACCGCGGACUCACCGACUUACUACCACCACUCCACAGUGGCCCGUCAGCGGACGAGCACAUGGAUGCCCUGCGAGAGAGGCGUAACCAGCAGGCCGACUUCAUCGCCGCGCACCCCAGCUACGACCGCAGUCUGUGGAUCUUCUCCAACCGCGGCCCGAUUCGAAAGAUGUGUCAGGCACUCGUGCCCCCGGCAUACGGGUACCGCAUCAAUGGUCGCCCUGCACACCCGAUCUGGAGUCUGGCAUUCAAGUUCGUCAUGUUUGCCACGGUUGUGUCGAGCGUGGUUAUUGCCGCUAUCUCGACGCCACUGUUCCGAAAGCAGUACUACAGGAAACAUGGCUACCACCAUUUCUCGUGGUUCGACAGCACCGAGCUUGCGCUCGCGGGCGUCUUCGUGCUCGAGUUCCUCAUCAAGGUCAUUGCCGACGGCUUCAUCUUCGCACCGAACGCAUACCUGCUCUCCAUCUGGAACGUCGUGGACCUAGUCAUCCUGUGCACCAUUGUCGUCAACACCACCACCUCGAUCGUCGUCAUCGGAGGUCUCAGCCGAACGACUCGAGCCUUCAAGGCUUUCCGAGCCCUUCGUCUGGUCACCCUCUUCGCUCGCCUGCGUGAUACCUUCCACGCUGUGCUCUUCGCCGGCAUGGUCCGUAUCAUCGACGCCUGUGUGCUCAUGAUCCUCUACUUGAUUCCGUUUGCCGUUUGGGGCCUCAACAUCUUCUCUGGCCUCCUCGCAAGCUGCAACGAUACGAGUGGCGACGUGUUGGUCGGUACCGACUGCGUGGGCGAAUACUCUGCCUCACCUGUAGGCAACAUCAACUUCAUGGCUCCGCGUGUCUGGGCGAAUCCCAAGUUUGGCGGCAGUGUCUGGGCCUUUGACAGUUUCCGCCAGUCCAUGCUUAUCCUCUUCGAGAUUGUGUCUCUCGAGGGAUGGACCGAUGUCAUGGCUUCGACCAUGAAUAUUGUCGGCGAAGGACAGCAGCCUCAAACCAACAACCGGCAGUGGAACUCGAUCUUCUUCGUCAUCUUCAACCUCUUUGGUGGUGUCAUUAUCCUGACCAUCUUCCUGAGUAUCAUCAUCGAGAACUUCAGGAUCCGGUCAGGCUCGGCGCUGCUCACCGUCGAGCAGAAGCAGUGGGUGGACAUGGAGCUGUACGUCAAGCAGCAGGUCCCGUCAAAGCGUCCUCGCCGUCGCCCGGGUGGAUUCCGGGGAUGGUGCUACGACCGCGCUGUCAACAAGACUGGCUACUGGGCGCGAUUCUUCACCUUCCUCUACUUUGUCCACAUCUUCCUCUUGAUGACCCAGGACUACUCGAACAACAUCAUGUCGGACCGACAGCUUGACUCCAUCUUCCUGGCCUUCAUUGUCGCUUAUGCCGUUGACAUCCUGGUCAACUUCUACGGUCUCGGCUUUAAGAGUUUCCGAACAAACGGCUGGAACAUUUACGAUGUCGUCGUCAUCAUUGGGUGUUUCAUGACCACCAUCCCAGCCAUCCGCGCCAGUUCGGACACUGCCAGUGGCCUCGCCAACAAGCAGGUCCAGAAGCUGUUCUUGACAAUGUACUGUCUCAAGCUUGUCCAGCGCUUGGACUCUCUCAACCAGCUGUUCAAGACUUCGAUUGCCAGUCUGCCCGCUAUCGGGAACCUGUUCCUCCUCUGGGCCGUCUUGUUCAUCUUCUUCGCUAUUGUUGAUGUUGAGAUCUUUGGUCUCACUCGACAGGGCGCGGUCUCGUCGUCCCGAUACCAGAACUACAACACGUUCGGCAACGCCCUAAUCAUGUUAUCCUUCUGCUCUACUGGAGAGGGAUGGAACGGGUACAUGCACGACUACACGAUCGAGUUCCCCCGCUGUACUGACUCGUCCAACUACCUCGACUCUGACUGCGGUAGUGUGGGCUGGGCUUAUGUCCUGUUCUGUACCUGGAACGUCCUCAGCAUGUACAUCUUCCUCAACAUGUUCACUGGUGUUGUCGUCGACUCGUUUGCCUAUGUCUACCAGAAGCCGACAGGAACCUCCCUUACCCGUGAACAGAUCCGACUGUUCAAGAAGGCUUGGUCUGAAGUUGACAAGAACCGGACGGGCUAUAUCAAGCGCAGAGACUUUGCCAACUUCUUCUCGAGGCUCACUGGUGUGUUUGAGGUCCGACUCUACCCCAUCGACGCUAGUGUGCCGAACAUCAUCCGCGCGUCGAGCCCUGAUCCCCACGACCCGACGUCCAAGCUCUACACUGUCGAGAGUGUUCGCCACACUGUGGACACUCGAAACGUCGAGGAGCACAUCGACCAGAUUGACUUCAAGAAGGUGACGCAGCGUCGAAAGGAGUAUGUUCGCCUGUUCUACGAGGCCAGGAUCUCGGAGGAGCCAGGCCGCGGCAUCGCCUUUACGGACAUGCUCCUCAUGCUUGCGCACUACAAGCUGAUCAACGACGACGAGGCUCUGCAGGUCAAGGACUUGCUUGAGCGCCGUGCCAAGCUUGAGCGUGUUGACGACCUUGUCAACCUUGACCGCGUCCGUGGACUCCUGCGUACCAUCUACUGGCGCAGGCGGUUCCUCAAGCAGCGCAACGAGAAGCAGCGGAUUCUCACCGAUGAACAAGAUGGCAUGCCCGCCAUUGUCCUGGAGCCCAUGUCCAUGGGAUCGCCGCCGACUUCACCGGUCGAGGGGGAGCGUAACCCGUUCCUCUAUGGCCUGUCCUCGAACCCCACCUCUCCCAUCGGAUCACCCCCGAUCCAGUCGAUACUUAUUCCAGGCUCAGAAACCCCAACUCGGGGGCCACACGCGCCCCACUUCAGUCCAUCAUCAUCACCCUCGUCCCCUACCUUCCCGCAAUCCCCCAGCGCUGUACUUGGCCAUUCGGUCGUCGAUCGUUCGACCGUGUCGGGGCAUAUCCCGUCCCUCUCGGUCAGCACCGUUCAGCGACCUGGCUCCUUUGUACGCCGGUCGUCCAACGACGGCUCACACCUUUCCUCUGACGGCAGCCACAGACGCGAGCCCUCAGUCGAAGAGCCGACCCACGAGGACCUGCUCAACUCGAUGGCCACAUCUGUCUGGGGAGACAUGAUGCGAGAAGCCGUCGACCACGAAAACGAAUCCGACGAGUCGGCAUAGAACCGCCCCAAACCAAAACACUGUCUCAGUAUCCCUAGAACGAACCCCUGCCCACGCAUCCUCAUGUCUCAUGUCCUAGACGUCUUUUGGUAACCAAAUAUCUGUACAUUUAUCCAUGGCUCGAUGCACCCUGUACAAUUGACACAAAAACUCUCUGUAUAUUGAAUAGAAGCUAGCAGCCUAGAUGGUGAGGAGCGUGGCGCUUUCCUCGUCCAUUGGUGCGUCGUCGCCGCUAGCGGCCGACCAGCGGUCGGGCACGGCAGGGAAGUAGAUGCGCUCCAUGGCUGUGCGGAAGCGCUUGCGGUACUGGAGGGGUGUGACGAUGGUAGGUUCGCCACGGCCGCCGCCGCCAAAGUCCUUGACCCAGGACUCGACCUUCUUGUCCCACGUAAAGGUGCGGAUGUAGUCGACGACGCCGACGACGAGCUGCUGGUUCUCGACGUCGACGCCGACCACGAGCGAGUAGUCCAUCACAUUGAGGUUGGAGAGGAAGAGCGUGUCGUUCCACAGCGCCGUGCGGAGGAUGCGCUUCGAGUGGUCGCGCAGGUACAGCGGGUUGGUGUACGACAGCUCCAUCAGGUUCUCGUCGAGGAGCACCUCGUUGACCUUGCCCGUUGGCUUGAUGAGGCGGUUGCGCGUGCUGCCCUUGAGGUCGUAGAUCUUGGCAAACUGCCGCCCGUAGAACAGGUUCUCCUGCACAAGAACGUUCAUGUGCAUCGAGUGGCCCGUGACGGCGUUGCGGAAGCCAAUCUUGAAGAUGCCGUACGUCUUGGCGAGCGCUGUCGGCCGGCCGCGCUGGAACGCGGUCGAGGUGUACUCAAAGUAUGCGGGCGCAAACUUUGUGAUCGCGUCCAUCUCCAGCCGCGAGAUCUCCUUGACAAUGAAGCGGUCAUCCUUGGUUUUGAGGAACGCAGACCCAGACUUGCCGCCCGACGCGUCAAACUUUGCGCAUCGCGCCAGCGACUCGACAAAGCUGUCCUCGCACUGGCACGCCUGGCGGAGGGCGGCGAACUGCUCAGCGAAGAAGAUACGGCACGAGAUGGUCGACGAGCCAGUCUCAAACUCGUACUUCAAGUGCGAGCCCGUCUCGCGUCUCGACACAUCAUCCGUCUCCAUCGCCUCGUCGACCGAGAUGAUGUCCCAUUGUCUGUCUGUCGUGCCGGACAUGUCGUCAAGGUGUGACGGCUCGUGCCGGCGCGCGCGCGCAAGGUUGGUCAUGGUGCGCAUCUGGUCGCGGUACGGCUUGGAGCUGAGCGUGAAUGCGAUAAUACUCGUCGGCUCAUUCUCGCGCACAAUGACGCGCGAGUCGACGAAGAUGUGCUCGGCGGCAGAUAAAGGGUAUUCCAGCGGCGUGAAGUCGCCGGCGCGGAAAGCCCACAGGCCAGUCAACGUCUUGAGGAUUGACGAUCGCUCGCCACCACCACCAGAGCUCAUCUCGCUCUCCGACAUUUGCGAGAGGGCAGACAAGCCCUUGCGCGUACCGAUCUCGUCCUGGUCGGUCGUGGGGAGCUGAGGUAACGGCGUGGGAGGUGGGAGUGGGGCAUUCGUGUCGAAUGGCGCGAGCUCGAUGUGCAGGCGGUCCUUGGGGCGGCGGCUCUCCAUGGUCGACUCGCUCAUAAACGAACUCGGUGCGGACACGCCCAGUGCCGAGUUGUUCUGGUCCCCGUGCUUUGGGACGUCCUGCGGCUUCGAGCCAGAGGGACCAGCCUCAGCCCCAUCGAUGGGGACAAUUGGCAGCACCGCUGGCCGGGGACCACUAGGGGACGACUGCUUGCGACGCGGCUUGGCUCGGCCCGUUGAGUCGACGCUCACGUCACUCGCGUCGCCGUCGUCUUCCUCGUUAUCGGCUCCAGACGAGUCCGAGUCAAACUCGUCGCGGAACGCGUCGCGCACGUUGCUGAAGAACUGCACCUUGGCCUUGGUGACGCCAACUCGUCCAGCUCGCUUGCCGCGAGCAGCAGAUAUGCGCUUCUGGCGAUCACGCUCCGCCUCGCGGGACAGCUUGUCAAAGUGUCGGGCGAUGGACGUGACUCUAGAACCGGCUCCAACCACGCGCCGAGGCACUGGCCGAAUGGUAGCGGGCGAAGCCUGACCCAGAGAAAGCGGCGGUUCGGACGGUUUUCUGGGCGUCUUGCCCUUGCCCGCAAUUCUCGGCUUGCCUUCCGUGGACAUUGUCUUCGAGACGGUGACCCUGGGGGAAGGCGCAGUGAGGUACAUGUCCUUGGGACGAAGUCCCGACGGGGAUGCCGUUCGAGAUAAGCGGCCCCGAGAGUUGGAUGGGUCGCCGCGCUUGGCUGACGAGACGAUGCGGGAGGCAUUGACCGCAUAGCUGCGGUCGCCAUCAGAUAACAGGUUCGAACGCGGGUCUCUGCCUUGUCUCGAAGUGCUGCUCUGGUCCCCAGUCCGUCCACGACGUAACCGAGGACGAGAGGGGCCACCGCCGAGGUCACUGUCGGAUACCUCGGACCGUUCGUGGCGAUUCCGGCGCAGGGCUCCCGACACAGAUCUCGGACGCUCCAUUAAAACAUCGGGAAUGGGCUCAAACUCCUGCCCCCCGACCGAGUCCUGGAAGCGCUUGACAAGAUCAGCCACGCUCGGAGGUUGGCGAGCGCGUCUCGGCAGACGCGAGACAAAGCCAUGCUGAUGGGCGUCGCUGUCAAUGCCACUGGAUGGCCGGUCGGCGACGGGCGUGAAGGUCUUGGGGAGUGAUCUGCGCGGGAUGGCAGAGAUCGUCGAGUCGCUGUCAUAGUCGCGCGUAGUGUCGGCGUCGGCAACAGGAUUGGGGGCUGAUCUGACGAGCGUGGCAGUUGGGGUGGCGGUCUCGGACGAGGCAACAACGCUGCUGUCCGUUGCGACAGGAGUGCUCGGGGGUUCGGUUGCAGGAGCAUCCGCCUGCGCCACCUGCUCUGACGAGCUGCCCGCCACAUCUGGUGCGGUUUCCUCAACCGGAGUCGAAGGCUUCGAGGAUGCUGCCCCCGGUUCCGAAUCACCCUUCUCCUUCUCGUCCACUUCGGGGACGGUGAUGCUCGCCAUGUUCUUAUCCAGGGAGCCAAAAACAUCCUGUGUGGCGAAGAGGCGCUUGAGAUGAGUGGCCGUCACUGCGACGCAAGUCCUUCUCUGUAGGCAUGUAAAGCUUCUCAACCUCUAAGAAGUCGAGAUCCCACUGGAUGACCUUGUCCUGCAGUGCCUGGAGCACGACAUUGAUGGCCAGCACGUCCGUUGGCGGCGCCUGCUUGUAGGUCCUGUUGAGCGAGUUGACCAUUUCGUCACGGUCCGCCACAGCACGCGUCAAAAGAGCAUCACGGUCCUUGCGCAUGCCGGGCAGCUUCUCGGGGUCGACCAGGUCGUCAGAGAAGCUGCGUAGGCGGAAGAGGACAGAGUCGAAGAAUGCCUGCGUCUUCUGCAGCGCACUCUCGUACUCUUGGUUUCGGAUGGCUACCUUGUCUUCGAGCUUGGUCAUGAGCUUGAUCGAGGGCCGCACCGGCUCGAACAGCUCGAUCGAGUCAUUAUGGAUACGGACCACCAUGUUGUGGUGCGCAAAGUAUCGGAUGUGUUCGCGGUACGCGUCGUGCGCGCAGCCGAGCCCCGUCGCCGUGCGGGGAGGGUAGAAGCAGUGCUCGAGGUACGCUCCCCACGACAUGCGCCAUGUCUCCUCUCGGAUGACGGUCGGCUCCCAGCUCUUGUUACACUGCCGACAGUAGCUCCAGGUGAGGAUGUGUUCCUCGUGCCCGGCCAGAGGGCACAUGAACUGCUCCAUGACGACCUGGAGGCGUCGCUCGCCGUGCACGAGCACGUCGUAGUGGAACAACAUGAGGUGGUCGCAGUUCUUGUUAGGGCAGCGGUGACCAGCAUUGGCGACCAUGGAGCCGAGGAACUGGCCGAGGGUCUGGUCGUCCUCCUGGUAGAAGUUGAUCUGCGCACGCAUGGGCUCGACGCAUGGCUUGUCCUGUCCUUGGCGGUACAGCGACUUGAUGUACACAAUGCCCUGGUAGUUUUUGGGUAGUAGUGGGCCGGGGUUCUUUUUGACAUAGUGUUGCCAAAUCUUUAGCUGCUGCGAGUGCUCAUGUUCGACAAAUGCGAGCCGGCUGGCGUCGAGGAAGUCGUUGGGGUUCAAGAGCACGCGGUACGGGUCACCAGCCUUGCUGUGGGUGAGGAUCUGGCUGGUGGUCGCACUAGUGGUCGGUGUGGCAGGGAUAGGUGUCGGUGAAGGGGUAGACGGCGCAGACGGGACGGCAGGAGGCGCGGGGGCUGGUGCAGUCGUCGACGGGGAUGUGGACACAGGCGCUGUGGAUAACGAUGUGGCCUGCUGCUCGGUAGCAGGGGUGCUCUCGCCAUCCUUGGGCAACGAACUCGGAUCAGCCGCCUCGGCAGGCUUCGCCUCGCCGUCGACAAGAAUGGUCACCGGUGCCUGGGUGGCAGCAACUGGCGUAGGAGCGACCAACGCGGGCGCCUGGUCCUUGAUCGGAGACUGCACAUUGGCCAUGAUAGCAGCCGCGGUCUGCGACGCGGGGAUUAAAGCCUUGGACUGCGGCUCGCGCUUCUCGUCAUGCAGGAUAGCCUCUGCCUCCUUCUCAUCGCGCCUGUGCCUUAGCUCGUUGAGCAUGCGGUCCAAUGCCGCCAUCUUGGCGAGGGCAUAUGGCGGCGGGAAGCGCACCGCGACGGAGGCGGACAGAAUGGUGGUGAGGUAUGGCUCGAGAGACUCGGCGAUCUGGAUGGUUAACGCUUCGGCCUCUUGCCGCUCGCGCUCUUUGUCGUCCGUCUCCGAGCCCAUCGGCGUGCCGAGGGGAUUGCUUCUCUCGGUGAAUAUGCCCUUCUCGCGGUAUUGAGUGAGCAGGUCGAGUAGCUCCUGGAAUUCCUGGGGCAUCGGUGGGCGAGGCGGGACCAUGUGGAACUCGUCGCCAUAGAGGAAAGCCUCAUUCUUCAAAUGGUACGCGACGAGGGCAUUAAAGUCAGCCAGAAGCUUGAUCUUUCGCAGCGUCUCGAGGUCCUCGCCGCGGAGAAUAAUCGUGCCCCCGAACCCAUUAUGUGUCCCCUCGAAGCGCAUGUAUGUCUUGCGGCGACCCGGGAUGAGCUCGUGCUCAAAGGUCUGGACCCUAAAGUCGGCACAACGCCCAAGUCUUGGCUCUAACACCAGCCUGUCCAUCGAGCUGACAAUGUCGGCAUGUGUGCAGCGCGCGACCUGGUGGAUUGCCGAGAACUUGACACCACGUGCGACGACAAUGUUAGCCUGGUGCAAAAACUCGAGGGCGAUGCGCGAGACGAAGCGCUCUACCAGAACGAUAUGCGGCCUUAGAUCGAUGAUACGGUUGGUGAGUAGCCUGAGGUAGUCACGUUCCUGCUUCAGGAUCGGGUCGAGCGACAUGAACUGGGUUUCCACGCGAUGGUAGUCGAGCGGGAAGGUGAUGACCAUGAUGCGGGGGUUGACUAAGCGGCGGGCCAUGGCCUUGUGCGCGACAUUCUUGGUGAUAACAAUACCGUCGACAUACUCCGAGUCGCUAAUCUUGCCGCCAGGGACCUUUUUGAACUUGAUGUACGUGCGCACGUCGAUCGAGUCGCCCGCGCGGAUCGCCGGUCUAAGGUUGGUCGACACGCGGAGCAGGAGCCGGCUGAGGACUCUGUGCCACUCGUUUGGAUGUGGCACGCUCUCCUGAUCCAGCGCCUGGCGGAGCAUUGUGUUGAAGUGCGCGAGCGAAGGCCCGGAAAUGUACUCGCCUGGCGCGACAAACGAGUACGACCUCGCGCGCCACAGCCCGUCCUUGCGGUCGGUAUCCAGCAGCGCGUUCAGGCCGCCUGUGCUCGCCAUGGACGUUAACCUGCUCUGUAACAGGCGCUGGUGCAUCGAGUCGGACAUGAAUCUGCCGUCCUCCGACUCCAUAGUCUCGGUGCGAGGGAAGGCAAUGUGCGGUGCCGCGUGUCCAAUCUCCGUGGGGAAGUCGAUCCGGCGCCGCUGCUGGAGCUCCAUUCCGGGGCUGAGGCUCGGUGUCUGUGACGAGGCCAUGCUGUGUCCCUGGUCAUCCGAGUUGUCAUCCCCGUUCAUGCGGCGGAAUGGCGCUGGCUGUGCUCCGUGCCACAGAUGCCCCUCCUCGCUAUCCGACGCGUCGGACGUGUCCUCUGGGGUGAACGGUCUAUCGGGAAGUUCAGAGGACCCCCGGGGCCAAUACCGCGUCACUGCCGACUCGUCGAUAGCCGAUAACGACUCGCUCGGCUGGCGCUGGAAGAUCUGGCUCGCCGCAUAAGGCGAGUACGGCGACGUCGAGUAUGGCAUUUCCGGUGAUCUAACGCGAUCGGGUAAGAUGGACAUGUUGGAGUGUAUCGACCUCCUGUCAUCGUCGUCGUCAUAGUCCUCCAUGAUCUUGAGGCAGAGGUUACACACGCGCACCAUGCCAUCCUGUCCGAAGCGGCGCGCGCCGAUAAUGUUGGACGCGCAGCGCCCACAAAAGAUCUGGCCACAGAUACGACAGUGGUGCUUUCUUCGCCAUGUCGUGAACACAGAUUUACAGUCGUAGCACUCCUUGCAGUUCUCAUCCGCCAUCCAGUAGUGCUUGCUUAACCCCUCUCCGCGCAUGCGGCGGAUAAUCUUGCUCACGCUUCCAGGGCGCUUGACAAACCCAAGACUCCGCACGCUCCGCGUGUCUUCCGCAGGCAGCGGGAAGCCAGGGACAAAGCUGUAGUUGUUCUGACUCAGCUCUGCAUUGGCCGAGAUCAUCGCCGACAGGGAGACGGACGACGGCGAAUCUGGGAUCGUGCUGAUCGAGCCGCGGCGCAGCCUCGGCCCACCCAGCGAACUCGAGCUGAGCGUCUUUAACCGCGGCGGCGCGUUCACCUCGAUGGACGGCAGCGUCGCAUGCGACUGAAGCAGCCGCGGAUGUGUGCGCGCCGCCGAGUCCUCCUUUAGCUUUGAGUGCACUGUCGUCGUGACGCUCGUCACCGGCGACACCGUAACCUGUGCAGGCGCAGCGCCCGCCGGCCGCCAAUUCCUCUCGCCGGGGACUAAGUGCCUUCUCUGGGGGUUAGUCCUCAAGCUGGAAUUCACACUCGGCGUUGCGCUCGACGAGGUCGACGGCGUCGCGAGCGACUGAGAUGCCGUGCUGCUCGGCAGGGGCAGGGCGGCGGCGACGCCGACGCCGGUGGUCGGGCUGGG